AUGAAGCUCACGUCCGUAUCCCUCUACAGCGCAGUGCUAGGACUUGCUCAUGCCAGCCCUGUCUAUAAGCGCGCUGGCAUCACUGAUGCUGAUAUCCUUAACUAUGCUUUGACUCUUGAGCAUCUCGAGGCCGCAUUCUACGAGGAAGGCCUGAAGAAUUACACUCAAGCCGACUUUGUGAAUGCUGGAAUGAAGGAUCCCUUCUACAGCAACCUGAAAAUGGUCGGCAUGGAUGAGCAGUCUCACGAGCAGUUCCUGACCCAAGCUCUGACAGGUAAAUACUCACUACACUCAUACACAUGCCUAGUGAAGCAGGAUAGCAUCGUAACUGAUUUUCUGUACAGCGGCUGGAGCCAAACCUGUGGCGAGAUGCGAGUAUUCAUUCCCUGCCACGGAUGUGAACAGCUUCCUUGCUCUCGCAAGCGUUUUAGAAGCGCCUACCUCGGUGCCGCCGCGUCUAUCAUGAAUGAUACCUACCUUACCGCGGCUGGAAGCAUUCUAACCGUUGAGGCACGCCACAGUGCGUAUCUGCGUGCUGUGCUUGGAGAGGCUCCUGCGGCGCAAGCGUUUGAUAAUCCUCUUGACUUGAAUGAAGUUUAUACGGUCGCAUCGCCCUUCAUUGUCUCCUGUCCGUCUAGCAACCAACCUCUUCCUGUCAAGGCUUUUCCUUCUCUCACCAUGAUCUCAUCCGCCCCGACAAUGAACGGUGCAACAGUGCAGUUUAUGACUGGCUCCAGCUUCGACACAUCAAAUACCACUGGUAUAUAUGCGGCUUUCAUCACCGUUACCGGCCCCGUCUGGACCCCUGUUACUUCCAACGGUGAUGGGAAGUUCACUGUCACCAUUCCCAUGGGAAUCGCGGGUCAGAGCUACGUAGUCCUUACCAAAGGCAACAGCCAGGCUACAGAUGACAACAUUGUUGCUGGGCCCGCUAUCGUCGAGUGCUACAUCUAUGUCCGGAAUGAGAAUGCCAACAAUGUCCUCGGCUUCGGGCUCGGGCUCCAUGACUUCUCCUUCUAUAACCAUGACCGGGUCCGCUACUGCAUCUCCCACCUUCAACGGAGCACCUGGAGUGGAUUCAAACAGCCUUAUUAG